UCUCCGCCACACAAGCGGACACAGGCAAACCCCACUUUCCCUCAUCGAGUCAUUUCCGCCAUUAAGGUAUGAGGAAUCAACGAACCUGCACAGAAAAAUGACGAAUUCUCUUAUUAAAUUACCAUGGAGGAUUCCCCUCCACAAACGUUAUAGCAGUUUAAGAAUUGAAGACGCGAAGACAAAAUGGCAGGGGAGGAGAUGACUAAACAGAGUAGUGGAAGGAGAAGAAGCACUAGAGCUGGUUCUACUCCGUUUGCGAACGUCAAUGGGGGAGGAGUCCUUCUCCUACUUGGCGCGGCUGCUGGAGCACUUUUGGCGUCGGCGUUUGCCGCUCAUCGGAUUCGUGCCCAUAAGAGGAGAAGAGGAUCGACUACGGAGGGGAUUCAGAGGGAUUCUUGUGAGCAUCUUGGUUCCCAUGAAGCGAAGGAGCUCGUGGUUAACAAAGAAGGGGCGGGGGAUGAAGCUAAUGGAGAGGAAGGAGUGGUCGAGGUGAAUUCCCAUGAAAAUCUCGAUGCAUGUGUUCAAAUUUCUAAGGUUGAUCAAACAGAACUAGAUUUUUAUCUGAUAGAAGAAAGGAAAGGAGAAGUUGUGGAGAGAAGCCCGGCAACAGAUAUGGAACUAGUUGAUGGAGAAUAUGGCAAACUUGCUGGUUGUAUAGACUCGAGUGCAGAUAACUGUUCUUCUCUAGCGAAUAUCUGCGGCAAUUUGGAAAUUGACAGCAGUUUGGGAGAAGCACUAUUAAGGUACGAUGAUGAUAAAUUGGUGGCUGUUAUUGUCAGAGAAAAGCGCAAAAUUUCAUCCUUAUUUAACAAAGAAGAUGAUGAAGAAGAUGACAAAAGUGCUAACAAAGUGGAAUGGAGUGAGAGGAAAGAAAUUGAAACAAAAAAUACUUCAUCAAUUUUUUGUUCAGAGCAAUCCAGACUGCUGGAGGUGAAUACCUUUGAUGAUCUUCAUUGCAAUCUUGAAUUUUUGAAUUUUGUUAAGGGGGAAUUAGAUAUUUAUUUUGAUGAUAAAAUGGCAAAAAGUAGCUUGGCAAAAGAAUAUGAGCUAGGGGAUGGAGUAGAAGGAGAACUAGCAAAGAUUGGUUCUUCUCCAGCGAAUGUAUACAACGAUUUGGGGAUUGAUAGCAGUUUGGGAAAAGUUCAAUUAAGGCAUGAUGUUGAACAAUUGGUCACUGAUAUCGUCAGCAAAGAGAUUGAAAACCCAUUUAUAAAUAGAAAAGAAGAUGAAGAAGAUAGCCAAAAGCCUUACAUAGAGGAGGGGGCUGAGAGGGAGGAAUUAGAAGGAGAAAUCACUCAUUCGAACCUCAAUAUAGAAGAACUGUGUUUACCUGAGGUAGGAGCAACGAGCACCAUGGCUAGUAGUCAGAAGGAAGCUUGCCAAAAUUUGGAAAUGGUUGAAGCAAUAGAAGAAAGAAAAUUCGAAGAUGAUUUAGUGGAUGAGAUGCACAAUUCUAUUCUAGAAUUCGUUUUUUCAAGAUCCAUAGAAAUGGAAAAAAUCUCUCCUUUUGGCGAUCAAGAUGAAAUCAAUUCAUUAAUCGAGGAUAUAAAGCCAUUUUUUGGAUCAAGUGUUGAAGCAAAAAUGGCAUUGGAUAUGACAAAGAAUGAUUCAGGCAAACACCUGAUAAUGGAAGACAAAUUUGUCCUGGACAGUGGUUCUUUCAAAGAUGUUUUGAGGGAAGAUAUUUUAAGUUUUGAACAUGAAAAUGAGAAUGAAGAUGGAUCUGAUGAAAAAAUGGUAGAGGGAUCAAGAGAUUUAUGUGAGCGAACAGUCGCUCUUCCCCAUGAGUCGAGUGUAUCAAUACUUUCAGAACCUGAGGAAAAUAGUUGUAAGGACUUGAUUAUGGUUAUGACUAAAGAGGAUGUUCCAUUGAUAACUCAUAAUUAUGGUAUCGCACAUAUUGAAGAAGACAACAUGGAGCUCGAAGAAAUUUACUCCCCAUUAGAUGAUGAAGGAGUUGAGGGAUCUAUCCAUAAAAUUCAAGGAGCCAAGGCCUGCAUUCAUGACAACCCAACAAUGUUUAUAAUGAUGGAAGAGAAGAUUCAGCAGCAAAAUAAUGUUCUAUGUGACCUUAAUGCUUCCAUUCAAAAAGAGACGACUGAAGAAAAUCUGUCAGAUGGUUUCAUAAAAAAUGUGGAAUCAUCAGAAACUGAAGAGAAUCUUAGAGAACAUAAAGAAUGCUCUUUAACUGAAUCCAAUACAGUUCAAUUCUCACCGGAACAUGAUAAUUUGAUGGCAUUCAAUGAAAGUCCACCUAUUCAAUUCCAAGGUAUAGAACCAAUUGAAAGAGAAGAGAAAGCACGUAUAGAAGAUUGCGACGAAGAAGAUGAAAUUUUAAAGCUCUCUUUUGAUGUUGUGGAUAAUGGAGGAAAGAUACUGGCUGAAUUGGUUGAUGCGGAUAGGGAGAACCAAUGUCAAGUAGAAGGCCAUGGAAGUAAUGUUUCGAGUGAAGGAAAGCAACAAAUUGCAGUAAAGAAAGUGAAGGGAAUAGAUUACAUGUUCCUGGUAACCGCCAUAGCAAUAGUUUUCACAUUUUUGAUUUUUCUCUAUACGAAAGAUUUUAUCACCAGAACCACCAUUUUGGAAAAUUUUAUCACAGGCUAAGCAUCCUGUUUCUAUCAACAAAUUUUGAGAGGUAAUUAUGUGUAAUUUUCUUUUUCUGAACUUCUGCAGCAAGCAAGUAGUGUAAAAUGGGGUUGUGGAGUUGGUAUUACAAUUUCCUCUCACAUACCACACAAUUGUUAUGUAUUUACAAAGCUUA